CGAAGAACAUUGUUCAUCUGCUGUCUGUUUGGCUUUAACAACUCCAGAGACAUGUUGCUUUACCUGUUUUUACUUUUCUCUCCCUUUAUAGCCCUGGGUUCCAUGAACAGCAUAAAGCCAGAAAGUACUGAAGAACAUGUUGCAGAGGGCAGAAACAUCAACCUGACCUGUACAUAUGAGGGUGAUAUCUACAAUAUCCAGUGGUACCGACAAUACCAGAUAUCCAGACCAGAGUUCCUGCUCUACAUCACAGAGGGAGGGGUGAUUAAUCCAACAGGUUCUGAUUUCUCAGCUUACAUUGACAAGAAAGGGAAACGUGUUGAUCUGGAGAUCUCCUCAGCUGAAGUGUCUGACUCUGCUGUGUACUACUGUGCUCUGAACUUCUAUAUUCAACAGAGUUCAAUACACAAACCAUCAACAUUACCUUUAUUCAACAUGCUGUCACUGCAGCAUUGUGUGUUUUAUCUGAUGUUUCUCUCCAUUCUAACAGGUAUCAGCUGUGAAGAACUCACUCCAGUCGAGACAGAAGAGAACAGUUUAGAAGGCAGCUCUGUUACUCUGUCCUACAGAUACUCCAAACAAGCAACUAGUAGUGAUUAUUUCUUCUGGUAUCGACAAUAUCCAGGAAAACCACCAGACUUCAUCUUAUUCAUUUCAGGGAUGAACAUUACAAAAAAAGCUGAAUCUCUGACAUUGGACACAAGGUUCUCUACUAAACUGUCUGAAGAAAAGCAUCGUGUAGAUCUGCAGAUCUCCUCUGCUGCAUUGUCUGACUCUGCUGUGUACUACUGUGCUCUGCAGCCCACAGUGACA